CUCUAGACUCAAUCUUAAAAAAGAAAAUUUGACAAGACAACCUUAAAUCAAGGUUAGUUGUUCCGACAGAAAACCUUAAAAAAGACGAGAACACCGUACACCAGAGUUCGCCAUUGAUGAUUUACACAAGAACGCGAGAGAAAAAUUGAUCACGGUUUCACUCCGAACAAGAACAAUGAAAUCAUCAUCAAAAUCUCCACUUUCAACCCUAACCCAAGUCUCAGAACUCCUCACAGUAGCAUCCAUAACCAAAACCCUCUCCAAAACCCCACAAACCCUAACCCAACUCACCACCACAACCAACAACAAACCCCUCCUCACCCAAACCCUACUCCUCAAAAUCCUCUCUAACCCAUCUCUCCACAUUUCCCACAAACUCAAUCUCUUCAAUUCCCACACCACCCCUCAUUCCUCAUCCACCUUCUCCCUCAUCCUCCACAGCCUCUGCAAACCCACCACCCCUCUUCCCAUCCUCCACCAACACCUCCCUCAGCUCCUCCACUCCAUGAAACAAACCGGUAUCGCCUUUGAUUCGAACUCAUUCAACAAUCUCCUCAGUUUCCUCAUCAAAUUCUCUCAUAAUAACAGUAAAAAUUUCCACUUUGUUAUUGAUAUUUUGGAUUAUAUUCAAAUGCAAAAGCUUCAUCCUUUAGGUACUACACCUUUUAUUUAUAACUCUCUGCUUAUUGCUUCCUUAAAAAACAAUCAAAUUCAGCUUGCUUUAUCUGUUUUCAAUAGUCUUUUAUCACUUGAGAACUCUUCGGAUUUGAAUUCGGUUAUCGUUGGUUCUUCGAAUUAUUUGCUUUCGGCUCUUAGGAAAGCCCGGAUGAAGAAAGAGUUUCGAAAUGUGUUUGAUAGUUUGAGGGAAAGGGAAAGUUUUGAUUUUGAUUCGUGGGGGUAUAAUAUUUGUAUUCAUGCUUUUGGUUCUUGGGGGGAUUUGGUUACUUCGAUGAAGCUUUUUAAUGAGAUGAAGGAGGAUAAGAAUUUGUUUGGGCCGGAUAUGUGUACUUAUAAUACGGUUUUGUCGAUUCUUUGUAAGAUUGGGAGGAUUGAUGAUGCGAUUGUUGUGUGGGAGGAGCUUAAAGGGUGUGGUUAUGAGCCGGAUGAGUUUACUUACAGGACUCUGGUUCGGGGUUGUUGUAGGAGUUGUAGAAUGGAUGAGGGUGUGAGGAUUUUUAAUGAGAUGAAGGAUAAUGGGUUUCGUCCGGGUGUGAUUGUGUAUAAUUGUGUUUUGGAUGGGUUUUUUAAGGUUGGGAAGGUUAAUGAAGCGUGCGAGAUGUUUGAGAGGAUGACUCGAGAAGGGGUGAAAGCUUCUUGUUGGAGUUAUAAUAUUCUGAUUCAUGGGCUUAUGAAGAAUGGGAGAUCGGAAGCUGGUUAUACGCUUUUUUGUGACCUGAAAAAGAAAGGUCAGUUUGUGGAUGGGAUUAGUUACAGCAUUGUUGUGCUGCAGCUUUGUAAAGAGGGUCAUUUGGAAGAGGCUUUGGAGUUGGUGGAGGAAAUGGAAGCUAGAGGCUUUUCUGUUGACCUUGUUACGAUAACAUCUCUAUUGGUCGGUAUUCAUAAGUAUGGUCGUUGGGAUUGGACGGAUAGGCUCAUCAAACAUGUUAGGGAAGGGGAUCUGUUACCUGGUGUUCUUAGGUGGAAGGCUGGAAUGGAAGCUUCUAUCAAUAACUUGCAUUCCAAGGAAAAGGAUUACUCGCCAAUGUUCCCUUCGAAAGGAGGGUUUAGGGAGAUCAUGAGUUUCUUAACUCAUCCAGGGAAUGAUGAUGAUGAUGAGGUCGAAACUUCCUCUGAACAAAUCGACGAGUGGUCAUCAUCUCCAUACAUGGAUAAAUUGGCCAAGCGUAUUGUGAAGUCAACUGACAAUGCUCCGCGACUGUUUACACCUGACCGUGGACAGAGAGUUCAACAAAAAGGGCCUGAUUCUUUCGAUGUUGAUAUGGUGAACACUUUCCUGUCUAUAUUUUUGGCCAAGGGAAAGUUGAGCUUGGCUUGUAAAUUGUUUGAGAUUUUCACCGACGCGGGUGUGGAUCCUGUCAGUUAUACUUAUAAUUCUAUCAUGAGCUCGUUUGUCAAAAAAGGCUACUUUAACGAGGCUUGGGCCGUUCUGUUGGAAAUGGGAGAAAAGCUCUGUCCAACUGAUAUCGCUACGUACAAUAUGAUAAUUCAAGGUUUAGGAAAAAUGGGAAGGGCAGAUCUAGCAAGUUCUAUUCUCGAUCGACUGCUGAAACAGGGUGGUUAUCUUGACAUAGUUAUGUAUAACACUCUAAUUAAUGCUUUGGGGAAGGCAGGGCGAAUCGAUGAGGUGAACAAGUUCUUUGAGCAAAUGAAGAACAGCGGAAUAAAUCCUGAUGUUGUCACUUAUAAUACUUUGAUUGAAAUUCACAGCAAGGCUGGCCGAGUCAAAGAUGCUUACAAGUUCUUACAAAUGAUGCUCGAUGCUGGAUGCACCCCGAACCAUGUUACUGACACGACUUUAGAUUAUCUAGUAAAGGAAAUCGAUAAAUUGAGGUACCAAAAGGCAUCGAUUUUGAGGGAAAAAGAUGAUCCUUCUUGAGAGGGUGUAAGAUUCUAACAGUCCAUGCAAAUAGAAUUUGUAAUAUAGUGAAGAAAAUUAUCUGUAAGUUAUGGUUUUCUCUUGUUAGUUGUUACCGAGAUCAAAAGUAGUGUAUAUGGUUGCUGUGAAGUUGCAGUGAUUAUAAUUUAAGCUCACAGAAAAAUUCUGAACCAUUCACUGAUUUAGUUCAACCUUUAAAGUUCACUCAUCCUGCAGUCUUGUUUUCAUUUUUGGGUAGAUAGGUCUAUUGAGUGGUCAGUGCCCACAAAUUGCUUUGAUUACGAGAUAUGCACUUAUCAUACAUGUGCUGUUUGCAUAUUCAAAGCAGUGUGUGAGAAUCGGUGGAAAAUCGGGUUGGUUCUAAAGUAGAGUAUUAGUCAAGAAUUUUGAGACAAGAAAGGUUUUUGGUUGGCAAUUUGUAAAUCCACAUCAUGGCUAUAGAGUACUAGCCUUGGUACACUUUAGAGACUUGGUACACUUGAAUUAGUGACAACAAGGGCAUCUGUAAUGUGCCCUCUCUGGUGGAAAAUUUGCAAGGACCCUCUCAUGUGGCACGCCAUUGACAUGAUAAGCAAUGUCUCUCCUUCAUACUCUGACUUUGAAUAUUAUAGUCGAUUAGAGAAGAUUUGUUGCUAUGCUGUCGACAGAAGCCGUGGUCAUCUCAAAGACUAUAUAUAAAAAAAAAUUGGGACUGAUGAUCUGCUUCUUCACAUAGCUAACAGUGCAAGUCAACUGAGAUGCAUUCGGCUUGAAGGAUGUCAUGACAUUUCAAAUAAAGCAUUUGAGGGUUAACUCCAACAAGCAUAUGAGUUGAAAUUGUAGGAACUGUGUGAUGUUUGAGACAAGAAAGGUUUUUUUGGUUGCAAUUUGUAAAUUCAAAUCACGGCUGUGGGUAUGAAAUGAUUGGUAUAUGAAAAUGCUAAAAUAAAAUAGAAGGAUUGGUCAUGAUCAUGUACCCUUUUUCAUUUUGUUUUAUCAGAUAGUGUAGGUUUUUGGAGUGAUAGUUGCUGUCAUACUUGGUAAAUGAUUAUAUAGUUUUUGCGCUACUAUGUAGAAUGCUGAACCGUGUUGUAAACGAUGGUAAUUAUACUAUCACUCAAUUCCUCUGUACUGUCAAAGAAGUAGUAAUUGACACUACACGCACAUAGCUUGAAGAAAUUUGUUCAGAGUUUUAAAUUUGUCUCUUGCACAAUCAAUUCUUUAUACAAUCUCACCACUGAUAAAAAGGAAUUACUAGCCUUGGAUGUUCUCAAGUUUGCAUAAAAGGAACUACUAUAGUCUUUGAAGUACUCAAGUUUGCACCAACUACAUUCCUUGAAACUUAGCCAACCCAUUUGCGUAUAUCAGAUUUAUUAUGCUUUAUUCACCUUCCUUUUCUCUGAUUAAUAUCAUAAUCCUUUGCUUACAUAAAUUUUAAAAUAUAAUAAAAACUUGAGACUGGUC